GGGCGGACUGUGAGGGACAAUGAGUUGGGACUGACAGAGGAGCUUCUCUACAGUGAAGCGGCGCCAUCUUGCAGUACGGACGAAAAGCUGUGGCGGGCGCCAUUUUGCACAUGGCCGAGAGAUGAGAAGCGCCUUAUUGCAUUUCCCCUCCUGGGCGCCGCCAUUUUAGGUUACGGCAUAGCCUCCGCCUUCCCAAGCUCAAUCUCAUUGGGCGCCGCCAUUUUGGCUUACGAACAGCGACCCGCAGGGGUCCUCACCCCCUCCCUUCCUCCCUUUAGGUGCCUUCAUAAAAUGCCCGUCGAGAAUCCCCUCUUUUUUCGCCCCGCUCCCAAGAUGGCGUCGAUGCGGGAGAGCGACACCGGCCUGUGGCUGCACAACAAACUGGGCUCCACGGACGAGCUGUGGGCGCCGCCGAGCAUCGCCUCGCUGCUCACGGCCUCGGUCAUCGACAACAUCCGACUCUGUUUCCACGGCCUUUCCUCGGCCGUCAAGCUCAAGCUGCUCCUGGGGAUGCUGCACCUGCCCCGCCGGGCGGUGGAUGAGAUGAAAGGGGCACUGACUGAAAUUAUCCAGCUCGCUACCUUGGAUUCAGACCCCUGGGUCUUAAUGGUAGCUGAUAUUUUAAAAUCCUUUCCAGAUACUGGCUCCCUUAACCUUGAUCUUGAAGAACAGAAUCCCAAUGUUCAAGAUAUUUUAGGAGAACUUAGAGAGAAAGUAAGUGAAUGUGAAACUUCAGCUAUGUUGCCGUUGGAAUGCCAAUACUUAAACAAAAAUGCCUUGACAACACUGGCUGGGCCCCUUACUCCCCCAGUGAAACAUUUCCAGCUGAAAAGGAAACCUAAAAGUGCCACUCUCAGAGCUGAACUCUUGCAGAAGUCAACAGAAACUGCGCAGCAGCUCAAGAAGACUGCAGGAGUGCCUUUCCAUGCCAAAGGCAGGGGACUGGUCAAGAAGAUAGAUACAACAACACCACUCAAAGGAAUACCAAAACAAGCUCCAUUCAGGAGUACUUCAGCUCCCAGUGUUUUUAGUCCUUCUGGAAACAGAACUCCUAUUCCUCCUUCAAGGACACCUUUGCGCAAAGAAAGAGGAGUGAAGCUUCUAGAUAUCUCUGAGCUGGAUAUGGUAGGUGCUGGUCGUGAAGCAAAGAGAAGAAGAAAGACAUUAGAUACAGAAGUUGUGGAAAAGCAAGCCAAAGAAGAAACAGUAGUAGAAAAUGCUACCCCAGAUUAUGCUGCUGGCCUUGUAUCUACACAGAAACUUGGCUCGUUGAACAAUGAGCCUGCACUACCUUCUACGAGUUAUUUACCUGCUACCCCCAGUGUGGUGCCGUCUUCCUCCUAUAUCCCAAGCUCUGAAACACAGCCAGCUGGCUCUGCACGAGAGGCCUUGCAGACCAACAGACAGACUGAAGAGCCUGCAGCUCCAAAUGCUACUACAACUCUUCCUGCACAGUUCAAACAAAGAACCCCCAUGUACAACAGCAACUCUAAUCCCCCUGCAGCUACACCUACCUCACCCCUAACACCCACCACACCUCCUGCCAUCUCCCCGGCGGCACAGGCACCACAAGUGGCCCCCCAAACUCAGCAACAGCCACCACCGAAGAAAAGCCUCUCUCUCACAAGGGAGCAAAUGUAUGCUGCACAGGAAAUGUUCAAGACUGCAAACAAAGUUACAAGGCCAGAAAAGGCUCUUAUACUUGGAUUCAUGGCAGGAUCCAGAGAGAAUCCUUGCCAAGAACAAGGUGACAUCAUCCAAAUUAAACUUAGUGAACAUACAGAAGAUUUACCAAAGGCAGAUGGCACGGGCAGCACCACUAUGUUGGUUGACACAGUCUUUGAAAUGAACUAUGCUACUGGUGAAUGGACCAGAUUCAAGAAGUACAAACCUAUAACUAAUGUUUCCUAAGAGAUGCAGCAGCAGCAGACUGGACCAAAUCAAGUUUAGAGUCAACCAGCUCAUAGAGUAUGUCAACUGUACAAAAUGGCAUUCAUGUGUACAUUUCUUUUUACCCUCCAGAGUAGAAGCUGUGCUCUUCAACCAAACUGAGCUCAGUGAACACAGAUGUGUUUGAUGGUGUCAAACUCACUUAAUUUCUUUUUUUAUUAAUCUUGGGAGAGGGAAAGAUGAUCUUGGGGGAGGGGGGGACAUUGUUGGUGUGUUUUUGUUCAGGAUGCUGAAAAAGGAGAUCACAGCUGAAAGGUUACAGAUGGGAGCAGCUUACUGCUAAGUACCAGAAGAGAAGACUACUGCGCAGUCACUCACGGUUUACUGUUAACUGAGGGCACAGAUCUUUAUUAUAAAAACAUUUUCCUUGGCAA